AUGACAGGCACCUCUACUAUGAGUGCUCCUGCCAAAGAAACCACAUCGGCCAUGACUCCCACUACCACUAAGAUGGCUGCCACUACCACUGAAGCAACCACUUCUAACAUGGCAACCACAACUGUUAUCACCACAACAACUGUGACAACCUCCACAAUCACAACAACCGCCAUUGCAACCACAGCUCCCAUGACAACCACUCCUGUUACCACAACAACUCCCAUGGAAACCACAACUCCCAUGACAACCACUCCUGUUACCACAACAACUCCCAUGGAAACCACAACUCCCAUGACAACCACUUCUGUUGCCACAACAACUACCAUGGCAACCACAGCUCCCAUGACAACCACUCCUGUUGCCACAACUACCAUGACAACUACAGCUCCCAUGACAACCACUCCUGUUGCCACAACCACCACCAUGGCAACCACAGCUCCCAUGACAACCACUCCUGUUGCCACAACAACCACUAUGGCAACCACAGCUCCCAUGACAACCACUCCUGUUGCCACAACCACCACCAUGGUAACCACAACUCCCAUGACAACCACUCCUGUUGCUACAACAACUACCAUGGCAACCACAGCUCCCAUGACAACCACUCCUGUUGCCACAACAACCACCGUGGCAACCACAGCUCCCAUGACAACCACUCCUGUUGCUACAACAACCAACGUGACAACCACAGUUCCCAUGACAACAACUCCUGUUGCCACAACAACCACCAUGGCAACCACAACUCCUAUCACAACCACUCCUGUUGCUACAACAACUACCAUGGCAACCACAGCUCCCAUGACAACCACUCCUGUUGCCACAACAACUACCAUGGCAACCACAGCUCCCAUGACAACCACUCCUGUUGCCACAACAACCACCAUGGCAACCACGGCUCACAAGACAACCUCCCCUACCACUGUUGCAGGCGCUUGUCCUCAAGGUUACAAAUUGUUUGAAGCUAACUGCUACAAAGUGUUCACAUACCAAAAGAGCCAUGAAGAGUCUGUGUUGGAAUGUAAGAAGGAUGGGGCCAUCCUGGCCACACCACGAGACAGUGCCACUAACCAGUUCCUGGUCACACUCAAGAACAAAGUGGCAGGUAUGAACACUUAUGUCCGUAUUGGGCUGACGGAUCAUGUUCAGGAGGGAGUGUACGAGUGGAGUGAUGGGAGUCCUCUGCGUGAAGGCGACUUCAGUACCUGGAACCCACGUUCACGCAACAGCGACUCCAAGGAUUGUGUUGAGUAUUACAAGGGCGUUGCAAGGUAUACCGACCGCCUGAAUAAAUGGACAGCUGCUAACUGUGGGUUCAUGCAGAUGUUCAUCUGCCAAGGAAAGACCAACGACGAGACAACUAUUUAA